GAAUAUAUUUUUAUCUUAAUGAUUUUACGUUUCCCAGAAUCAGAAAAUGUAAGGUCAAAAAGUCGUGUGUUUGUCCGCAUCUUUUAAAGAAUUAUCAGUUAGUGUUACAUUAAAAAUUGAGCCUAUUACACCGUUAUAUAAUUCAAAAGAUGGGCUUAAAACUACUAGUGUUAGUGCUUAUAAUAAAACAAGUGGUAGCGAGGAUACAAAUAAACGCAAUAGUAGACGAACAUAAGCAAGUGCAUGUUACGUACAACGGAAUUGAACUGCACCUAAUCUCCGAUGAAGACAUCAGAUCAUUUCAUCUUGAAGACGAAAAUUUAAUAGAAGCAGUAACGAAGCAUUUAGGACAACGGCCCAAAGACAUUUACCUGAAAAGUCCUACACCAUGGGGAGAUUUAUACAAGACUUAUAAAUGGGAGACAGUGAAGAGAGAAAUGUCGAUAAAAUCAGUAAGAGUUACUGGCAUCAGUAAAGACCCAGUAGUAGUGUUGUCACAAGAUUUUGAGAACAUAUCGAGUAACAAAACGAUAAAAGUGAACACAGGUAUCUCUCACACUAUAGAAAAUACAAUAACGACGAGUUGGACAAAAUCGAAAGAAUUCACAGUCUCGCAAGAAAUCGAGUACGAAUUCAACGUCGGUUUUGCUAAAGCUGCAGGAACCACUGGUUUUUCUUUCACUUCAAAUUGGGGUGUUAGUGAGGAGAUCACAAAAACUGAUACUAUAGGCACUACUAGUGGAAUGGAGACAGAAUUAAAACCGGGACAAGCUGUAACAGCGGUUUUAUCGGCAAAAGCCGGUUUUUUGGAGCUAGAAGUAGUACAUAAAGCAUCUUUAAGGGGUAACGUAGCUGUGAAUUUUAGAAGGAAGCAUGCUGGUCACCAUUUCUGGGGACCCACGAUUCAAGAUGUGAUGAGAACUGGAGGGAUUAGCAAUGAAAUAAUUACGAUAGAGACUAUUAGGUUCGGAUUUCAUGUUGAAGGAUCUUUGAAAGUUUAUGAUAAGGAGACUGGGGAAGCGGUGUGAAUGCAAAGGAUAUAACUGUACAUUUUUGUAAAUAAAUGAAAUUGAAGUGC